AUGCCCAAUUCCUCACUUUACUGCGGUCGGUCCUCAGGCGACGGCUAUUACAAAAACUCCAACUCAGAUGACUUACUACUCCACAACCAGAUUGUCCUCUACUGGAAUGUGUCGGCUGCCACCCAUUUUACAGAAGCCUCAAAAACUCAUCGGCCAUUUAAUCGGGUUGUGUGUCCUGGUGUUUCCGUCAGGCCUGCGGGUCGCUACGUCAGGCAUUAUUUAAUGGAUGGAGCGGUCUACUUCUGGUUGUUGCACGUGCGCGCCUCCAUUGAAUGUCCGUCCAGACGCCCUCCGAGGUCAGACGAUUUCGAGCUGCGGUUGAGCCAGUGGAUUGAUCGUUCGGAGGCGGAGAGUUCUCGCAACGAAGCUGAGGAGGCCUACGAACGUGGCGACUCCUUUUACCUUCCUGGACAUAAAGAGCCCGAAAAUCUGACGCUAUCAUGCUCCUCCCCACACCGGAGUGUCACUCUACAAGGUCGUUUGCGCCUCCUUGUCGUCUCGUGGGCCAUAUUCCCCAGUCGGUUGUCCAGCCAAUUGGAUAAGGGCACCUUGACGCCGACGGAUGAAUUGCUGGGUGGAUUUAAAGGCCUCCCUGCAGAUCUCAAAAUCCGCGUUCAGAUCACCUCGCGCCUUCACUUUGAUGGCCAAUUCUCUCCCUUUCGAAGACGCCAGCUAUGCGAGUUUUACGGCUUUUGGUGCAAUGGAAGCCUCACCGAAGACGCGCCUCAGCGUCGUAGACGAAAGCGUCGCAGCGACAGUGGUGACGAGGUGACAGGAACGUGCAUUCGACCCUCCAUGCGUUGUGACGGCCUUCCCGACUGUUGGCUCGAUGAUCCUCACAAUUCGCCCGAUGAGGUUGGCUGCAGUGCCAUCCACUCACCAGACAGUGCGGAGGCUCUCGCACCCUUUGAAACCUUCAAUGAGACCUUCCCCAUCGCCUCUUGUGACACUAAGCAGCCGAAGUGUGGCAUUCGGGGUGAUGAGGAUGCAGUUGUGGCCUUUGUGCCGGCGGUUCUGCUCUGUGCUCUGGUGCGAAUCUGCUCCCAACGUCGCCAACUGGACUUCGCAACUGUUGAUGGGGACCUCCACGCGCUGGAAGCUGCAGACACGUAUACACCGGGAGCCGGUCUUCUGCGUCGUCCACACAGUCUGCCAGCCUUUGAGAACGCCGGUUGCAAGAAGAGCCUUUCCACUGGCCGUGGUGGCAAUUUUCGCGCUAUUGCACUUCGUCGAUCUCGCUCCACUGAGGACGUCCUUCCUCAUCCACCCACCACCGUGGAGACUCUUCCCAUGAAAUCGCUAAAAGUCGUGCAACCGAUGGUGAACACCACGAGGAAUUACUCCCAUCUCCUCCUCGCUGAGGAUGCUCUUCGUGGGGAAAAGGCAGUAGAAAGGAGAGACAGUUGUAGCCUCCAGCUUGCUCCAGUGGUGCGUCGCAAUCGUGGUGGUGGGGGUGGUAAUGCAAUGAACCGGAUGAUUAUGUCGUGUUGGAGUGGCGACUUAUCCACCGGCUCUACGACAUCAUCGUCAACGAACUCGCCAAUCACGCGUGGACGAGUGAAGAUGGAGGAGGAGGUGGUGGUGGGUGAGGAUGACUGUGACGUCUGUCGGCAGAUGCGGGAGUCAGCACUGAUGAUGACGUCUGGAGAUGAUAACACCGAGACAUUGAAUGUCCGGCUGCAAGUGUUGCGAUUGUGUCAGGACUCUACUCAACCGUCUUCUAGUAGAAUACACCUCUUCUCCAUCAUGCAAAUGAUGGAGUUCUUCGGAAAGAAGAAAUAA